CCUGAUAGCCGCAUAUCGUCAGUCAGCGCAGCGACCGGAACUGUAAAACCGUCUCGUCCCACUCCGCGCGCGCGGGCAGAUUUACAGUGCACUUCAGCUGCGCGAGACAAACAGCAGCAAUUAUCUGGCGGGAAAGAACGCGACACCAAACACACGGCAGAUCCGCAUCGGAGAACAAACAAGCUGAGAUUUCUUAGUCCGUGGUAAAAAAGAGAGAAGACGCUGCAUCCGAAGCUUGAGGCGCAUUGUGAUAUGGAGCUGCGAAGGGUUUCGUGUUCCGGUUGAGGACGUUUCACGGACCACUCUUCGACGCAGAACUAGUUUACGCUAAUUUCCUCGAACGACGGCGGAUUUGAUUAGGUCUACCUACCGAAAAGGACUUUUGUUUACCUCGACAAGUUGUUCCUCUUCUAAAUUACUACAUUGUGCUCUCGGAGCUUCUCUUUUUCCUCACAUCUAAGGAACCGUCGAUGAAAAGUCGCUCAGGAUGCUGGCAACUCCACAUAAACGGAUAUGAAAUAAACAAUACUUUGAUAACGCCGAGAUUUCGCUUCAUCUUAAGCGUGUGAGACUGUUAAUACGCCGCAUUUAUCGUGUCCCCAACCCGCUUGCUUCACGUUUAAACCGUUUGUAGGACGCCAAAAGUCGCGGGGAAAAAACCGCCGAAAGUCGCUCCCGCGGAUUCCGUAACAGUUCCGCAGAUGUGCUCCGGAUCAAUUCUAACCAUCGUGUAGGGUGUUGAUGGAGAGCCUUUCGAAUGACAGCCGGGACAGUGGUAAUCACAGGUGGAAUUCUAGCUACAGUAAUCUUACUGUGCAUUAUUGCUAUACUGUGUUACUGUAGGCUGCAGUACUAUUGCUGUAAGAAGGAGGAGUCGGAGUCAGAGGAGGAGGAGCCUGACUUCGCCGUCACAUCUCGUAUGCCACCGGUGCAUUCCAACCACAACAUCCUGGCGGCCACUGUGCCAACGGCAACCACUCCCAAUGGGCCUGCCCUCUUUACGCCCCCGCCGACACGAAAACUGACUCGUUCACAGACGUACUGUCCGUCCUGUACACAUUACGACCUGCCGUUUUACCUGCAGCAGCCAGAUGGCCUGCGAAAUGGCGGCGAACGCAUUAGCUACCGCAGCGUGCAUCAACAGGAUUUGGGGCUGCCCACUCCACUGCCUGCCCCAUUGCCCACCCCGCUGCCCACCCAGCUGCCGACGCCGCUACCCAACUACCACAAACUAAACCUCAGCCGCUCGGUCACCAUGAGGGAGAUGUUCACGCGAAGCUGCAGCAUUAGCACUGACGUGUAGCCAGCCAGAAUUAUAUAAUGCUAAAUGCUUAUGGCUAACUGCAACAUCGAAGGCAACAGAUUCAAUUCUCAUGGAAAGACAUAAUUUAGCAUUUCAUAAAGCUGUAGUGCUUGCCUGUGUAAAAAACAAUGUCAACGAUGUCCUCUGGAAACUCCCAGAGUGCCGAGCUUUUAGGAAGAUGGCCCAGUGUGUUUGUUCAUAACUGGAAACUAUAAAGGCAAAAAUGGGAUGAGAGCAAAUUUGGAGACCAUCUCCCUCCCUCUGUGCAUCUACUUCACUCCUGAAUCCCUUUUUUUGUGUUUUCAGUAAUUGGAAAGAGGAUUUAGAAAAUAAAGCUAAAGUUUUUAUGCUUUCCUUACAUUUUUCUCAAAAGACACACCAAUACAUGAAAACGCAAACUGACGUCUUGAAUUUUUCAGUAUAUGGUCUGAAUUGAAACUUUUCUAUUGUUCAUGUUGCUCGAGACAUUUAGCUGAAUAAUAACUGAUAUAACCACCGACUUUGUUUUAACAAACCAACACAUAUAGUACAACUAAUGAAAAGCCCUAAGUGGGCUGCAAUAAAACUGUUGGGUCAAAA